AUGAUAUCGGCUAGAGCUGCACAAGUGACUUUCUUCAUUAUUUGUGCGUUUUGUAUAGCCUGCAUAGCUGCAGCAUCAUUCACGACAGGUUUGUGCUCUAUUAGGAGUUUAAUGAUCAAUUUUUGACUUAUACAUGACCCGCUCAAUUAGGAAGAAACUCCUUUUGAGAGGACUUUCUUUUUCAGUAUAUCUGUUUUGCCCCCUGGAACUUGGGAUAUGAAAAAAACCGCUUAAAGUCGGGCCCAAAAAACCUUUAAAUUUUGUGUCCAAUUUAAAAUAAUCCAAGAAGUCUCUCUUGAAAUUUUCAUCUCUCUGCAUGAUGUGCAAAAGAAUUUCCAGAUAUAAUUGAGAAGUUCAGUAAAUAUUUCAAAGUCAUGUCAUGAUUUUUUUUCAGGAUGGUUGAGGGAUACGAAUAGUUCAAAGAACUACGAUACCUCGAUUGGUUUAUUACCUUGGCCUUGUUUUGGAAACAAGGCGACAGUCUGCAACAAUUUCUGGAAUGUGAGCUUUUUUACAGUUUUUCUUCCGAUUUUCAUAUUUCCAUCUUCAUCACCCAUUCGAAAAUUUUCAGAAUUCACCAGCAUUUUACCACAUAACCUUCAUAAGCAUGAUGGGCGCAUUAAUAGUUUCUUCACUUUUGAUUUUACUUCAAAUCGCUUCCAUGUUCGUUUUUCGCUCAUUGAUAAUCUUCUUAUUACUUUUUUCAGGUGUGGCGUUCAAAAUUUGUUAUUUUUCGUUUUGAUCGCCUUGUUAUCAUUGCUGAACACGGCCGCUUUAACCCUCGCCGUUACGAUUUUCGGCGUAAAGACGCAAUAUAAAAGUAAUUUUUUGUUUAUGAAAUCAAAUUAUUGAUUUUGCCUUUUAGCUACCUACAAGGAUCCGAAUGGGCUGGAAAUCACAAGGGAGGUGGGUAUACGAUAUGAACUCAUCAGAAAAGAAAAAAAAAGAUUUUUCGAUAAAUCUCAAGUAAGAGUUUUCUGUCGUAGGGAAUGAUUUAUUGUAUCUAAAAAGCGUAAAAAAUUUGAAUGUAGCAAACAAAAUAAAAUUAUGGGAGGGUUUUUUUGUAUAGAGCAGUUUUUUACGUUGUUUCAUUCGAAAAAAGGUUUUUCAAGGCUGAGACUCUUAGAAAAUUCUAGUGAAACGAGCUCCCAUGAUAGGAAUUUCGGCGUACAAGCCUACCAAUUUCAUUCCAACCCAAAUUAUUUUUCGUUUUUCAGAGUUCUAGAAGUUUUAACAGGAGAUCUGAGGGUAAAGAAACGUGGAAGAAAAAUAAAUUAGGGUUUCUGAUAGGAAAUAAUCACAACUUUGGUUCAAAUCAAUUUUCACUUAUAUCUCAGAAGUUAUCAUUUUCCAGUGGUACUACUCCUUCUGGAUAGCUCUGGCGGCAGCCGUUUUGUCUGGUCUUAUGUCUUUCCUGGCGUUGCUCAUUCCGUUUUUGGGUAAACCAGAAGCCUACAUGUACGAUUUGCGGAAAGCGGAACAACAAUACAGCGAGAAUACGGAGUCUCACCUGGUGAGAAACGACAAACAACAGUACGUCAAACAGAAGUAUUGA